GACUCGAGAAAAAAGUUUCAGGACUUUGGAGUUUUAGCCAUAGACUGUAUAUGAGAAGGCUUUAGCCCCAAUUUAUACGGAUUCUUCUUCUUCUUUUUCACACAUUACUGUAACGCGACUGUCUCGUCUGUUGUUUCUUCAACGUUACAGGAGGGGUUAUGUGAUGUACUCGUUUGUCUUGGAUCUACUGCCUCUGUGAUGGAUCUCCAAAAUGCCCUGAAAACUACACUGAAGAACAAAUAUCUGAAACUGAACAGCGCAUACUCUGAAAAGUCAUUACUUCCUUCAAGACUUUGCUAUCGGGAGCUCAAGAAUGACGACACAUCUGAUUUGUACCAGCAUGAGUUUAGAUAUGUUGACAAAUCUGACUGUCAUACUUGGCCUUUUUUUAAAACUGUCCCGCUCGCAGAUGUUUUAUCAUGCGACUGCAAACAUCACAGCAGCCAGAGAACAGUCAUCACUUUGGGAGUGUCUGGAGUUGGAAAAACCACAACAGUGCAGAGUUGUGCUCUUGAGUGGGCCGAGGGGAAAGGGUACUACAACAUCCAGCUUCUGUUUCCUCUCACGUUCUGGGAGUUGAACUUGCUUAAACUCGAAAUGAGCCUAAUUGAACUUCUCCAGACGUUUUACCCUGAAUUGAACAAGCUCGAUGUUUCCAGCCUAAAUGAAAACAAAGUGUGGUUUGUGCUUGACGGACUGGAUGAGUAUCAUCUCCCGCUAAACUUCAGCUGUCCAACUGUGAGGGAUGUUUCUGAAGUAUCCACAGUGGAUACUCUAGUGACCAAUCUGAUCAGGGGGAAUUUACUUCCCAGCGCUCAUAUAUGGAUAACGACCCGACUUGCAGCGUCAACCCAGAUCCCUGAAUGCUUUUUGCUUAAAGAGACCGAAGUUCAAGGGUUCAGUGAUGAACAGAAGGAGCAGCACUUCAGGACAGUUAUCGGUGACGAUGAUCUGUCCAACAAAGCCAUCGACCAUGUGAAAAUAUCAAGGAGCCUGGACUUCCUUUGUGAGAUACCUCCAAUCUGCACCAUCAUGGCAAGUGUGUUGAAGAGUCAUCUUAAAUCAGAUGAUGGGUUGAAAAUCAAUCCCCUGAAUUUAACCCAGAUUUACACAAAUCUGGUCAAAGCAUCAUACUCGGACAUUGUUGCCAAGCUGAAAAGGCUGGCACUGCCUCGGAUGGGAGAGGGUAAUGUUAUAUAUGAGCAUGAUCUUUCAGAGAAUGACAUAAGUGUUGAGGAGGCGUCAACUUUCUCCAAAGAGUGUCCACUUGUGUUGAGAGAAGAGAAGGGGCUGCAUAACACCACAGUGUUUCGCUUUGGUCACUUAAGCAUUCAGGAGUUCUUGGCUGCGUCUGCUGAAUUGGACAAGAUUGAAGCAGGUUCUCUCCAGUCUGUUCGUUGUCGGUAUCUGGUGGACCAGGCGCUGCAGAGUGAUGAGGGAAAAUCCGAUGUCUUCCUUCGCUUCCUCUUUGGCCUCAUUAAGGAGCGUGGCACGUUGGAGCCCACCGAUCCACUGUUUGACUACACCAAGAAGAAGAUCCUGGAGAACAUUUUGUCUUACACAGCUGUGGGUUUGUUCCACUGUCUGAGGGAGUACGACAACCAGGCUUUACUGAAAGAAGUCAAGUUCUUUCUGAAGUUUGGGUCCUCUCCAAUCCGUGAUUUCUACCCAAUGCAUUGGGAAUUUGUAAGGCAAAGGACCAGCAAUUUUGAAGGGAUGAGAGAAUGUUUUGAGAUGCAAGUUUCCAAGAGAUCUGAUGAGAGUCUCCUCAGGCACCUGCCAGCUAUUUUGAAAUCCAGGAAAGCCAUGCUGCGGUUCUCCAACCUGUCCGAUAUGUGUUGUCCAGCCUUAGCAGCAGUCCUGAGCACAAGAGAGUCAUACCUGAGAGAGCUGGACCUGGGAUACAACAGCAUCAGUGACGAUGGAGUCAGGAAACUUGUAGAGGGGCUGAGUGAUCAAAACUGCAGACUGAAAACAAUCAGGUUGCAAGGCUGUGGAGUGACCUGGCUGGCCUGUGAAUACCUGUCCCCUGCCCUGAGACAGUCCCUGAAACUGCAAGAGUUGGAUCUCAGCAUGAAUGAAAUAGGAGACGACGGACUGAGACAUCUUGCCAAUGGUUUGAGAUCUCCUAAAUGCCAGUUAGAAACACUAAAACUAUCACAGUGCAACAUUGAGCAAAAGGGCUGCUCUUGUCUGGCCUCGGCUCUGCAGAAGAACACUGGCCACCUGAAAGUGUUGGAUCUGAGCAUCAACAUGGUCGGAGACGAGGGGGCCAUUGAGCUCUUUCAAAAAUGUGAUAUAUCGCAGCUAACAAAGCUAGAGAUGUAUCACUGUGGCCUCACUGUGUUAAGCUGUAGAAGUAUCGGGGAAGCUCUGAAAGUUGAAACCAGCACUCUGGUAGAACUCAAUUUGAGCAACAACGACUUGAAAGAUGAAGGUUUCGCGCUUAUCUGUGAAGGCAUGUAUGCAUGGUGUAGUCUGGAAAAACUCAAUGUUUCAAGAUGUGGAAUCACUGGUACGGGUUGCUAUAACUUGGCAAAGGUCCUGUGUGGCGUCUCCCAGCUCUACGGGGUGCUGAUGGCCAAAAGAGAAUUGCAGGCAGUGGAGCUGAAAGAGCUUGACCUUAGCAUGAACUGCCUGGGAGACGAGGGAAUCAAAGCCAUUUCAGCUGGACUGAAGAAUCCGUACCUCAAUCUGAAAACUCUCAACUUGAGUCACUGCAGCCUGACUGAUGACUGUUGUGCAGAGCUUGCAUCAGUAUUUGCAUCACAGGGCUGUGUUAUCAGAGAGCUGGACCUGUCUGGCAACAACCUGCAAGAUAAGGGAGUGAAGAAACUCUGUGUGGGACUCAGAAGCCCUCAAAGUAAACUUGAGAAAUUGUUACUGAGGACCUGUUGCCUGAGCUCGACGAGCAUUCAGUUCCUGACCAAUGCCCUAAAGUCAAACCCCCAACAUCUGGCAGAGCUGCAUCUGAUGGGCAACAAUCUGGAAGACUCAGGAAUCAGAGUGCUUAUGGGACUAACAAAGAACAAGAAAUAUGCCUUACAUACAAUAGAUGUCUCAACAGAUUGAGAAGACAGACAGAAAACAGACACAAGGACACAAGCUCCUCACGGGCUCACAUUUGUUAGACCAUACUUAUACACCGACUCAUUGGCCUUGCAUUUCAGUGCAUAUUGUAGCUACAAAUUAUUUAUCUACUCUGAAUAUUUUUAGAAAUGAUGUGAUAUACCCAAAAUGUAUUAAGUCUGUCAGCAAUUCAAGAUAUUUUUGUGAUUGCCUUAUAAUGCUAUGUGUUAUGUGUUUAUCUUGGGUUACAGUACACAACACUUGAAAGAAAGGUAAUCAGAGAAAAGUGAAGGAAGUGUAUGAUAAUUAUCUGCUCAUAAAACAUGUGCCUACAGAAUUAGUGCUAGAGUCUGAUGCACGACUUGAAAUAAGAUGUAAUCUCUGUAACCACAAAAUAAACUCCCUUGUAUUUGUUCAA